AUGUCAGACGUAGCUGAACUUAGUAGCGUAGAUUAUUUCGCUUAUUCUGUAGCCACCUGGAGUACAGUUACAGCAGUAGGUUUGUUGGGCUUUCCAAGGCUUAUAACGACGUUGUUGUUACCAUACGAGAAGCACAGUACUGGAGAGCUACUCCCAAAGACUGAAUUGAACGGAUUCGAGAGGUUCUUGACGAUACAAUCUAGUAUUGCAUUGUUAGCAGCAGCCUUUCUAUUGCUCCAACUAACUGGAUCAUUAUCUUCCACACCAAUACGUCAGCCAUCGCCAUACAGACUUCCUAGUGUCACAUUUGCAACGACAGCCCUUGUAUUCUCAAGCGUAUUAGCAUUCUACGCUGACAGUGAGACCAUUGGAUUGGUAGGAAAAGUACACUGCAUCCCAGCAGCUGCAUUGAGUGUAUGGGGAAUUUCAAUUAUGAUAUUUGAAAUUGAUGCUGCAACUUAUAGACGCCUUAGACCGCGUGAAUAUUUGAAUAGAUUUUUAGAGAAUGAUUUGAGAAUGGAUGGUAGACGACUAGAUGAGUUCAGAAGUACGUCAAUAAACCAAGAGAAUGAAGGUUCAAUUGAUACUGCAAAUGGUAGUGCUGUCGUGAGGUUAGGAAACACAACAAUGAUUGCAGGUGUUAAACUCAAAACUGCCCUACCAGAUCCUAAUCGUGAAGCUGGAUAUGUAGUACCAAAUAUUGAUUUAAACCCGAUAUCCAAUAGUAAAUACAAGCCAGGUCCACCUUCAGAAGAAGCACAAGUCUUGAGUAGUAGGAUAAAUGAUGUUCUUCUCUCUUCAGGUGUUUUGAAUCAGAAAGAUCUGACUAUUGAGCAAGGGAAAGCUGUCUGGGUGGUUUAUAUUGACGUUGUUUGCAUAAACUUUGAUGGCAAUGCUUUCGACGCUGCCUUGAUAGCAAUAGUAGCCGCACUUAGAAAUACCCGUCUACCUGUCACAAGAUACGACUUCGAUAAUGAUCGGGUGUUAGCCAAUCCAGAAGAAAGUACAUCAGUCCCAUUAACUAAAACGAUAAUACCGACAUCGUUCGGUUUAUUCGAUGGCAAAUUAGUCACAGAUUUGAAUGACUUUGAGCAAUCGUUAGCACACUCUCGAUUGACUGUCGUAAUAAAUGAAGAUGGCACUCUAGCUCAUAUGUCUAGUCAAGGUAGAAAUAUGGCCGAUAACUUAGAUGAUUCACUCGAUCUAACCCAGAGGGCUAUCAAGAUAGCACGAGAACGUUAUGAUGCAAUAGCAAAACUAAUAAUUUAA